AAUGGAUAAGAUUAGUGUGAAUGACCUAUCAAAGGUUAUUGAAUAUGCUCAUUGAUAUGUCAAAGACUGUGGAACAUUGAGCAGCCUUGUCUGAGGUAUUCUCUUAGGCAAGAAUAUAACACAACCUGACAAAGCUAUUGAGAAAGUGCUUGAAAUGAAUCAGCUCAGCGUGAACAUUGGACUCACUCCCGAGAAAGAGAUUAUCAUGCAUAGUACACAGACUCUUAAGAAUUGUACCCAGGAGAAUGAACAUAUGAAGAUGUUACUUUCAACCAAGCUUGAAAGUCAAGUACAAUUAGGAAACAAUAAUCAUAAGAAUUCAGGAACUAUCUUUGAACAAGCUCAAAGAGACAAUUCCAGGAAAAUGAAAAGAUUUCAGAAAGAAAAAGACAAAGAGUUAGGAUAUCCAUGGCACAAGAAUAUCAAAGUUGAGACUUCAAAUCCAAAUAUGAGUUAUGCACCUAUGCACACCAUGUAUCCAGAUUAUACAAGGCCGAUUGAUAAUACUCAUUGUAGCAGUAGAGCUGGGACAGUUGACCCCAACCUCAAUGGAAGUCUCAUUGAUUCCGACUCUGGAGGAUAUGUUGAUGGAAAAAUGAAUGUCAGUAAACAAAAUGCAACUAUUAACUUUAAGAACAUGAAGUUUGGGAUAUCUUCAAAUAGCCAAGUCUAUAACAAAACCCCAUUAGAUUAUCCUCCUACAUCGUCAAGUGAGGAAGGACAAAAUGAAGAGUCUUCGUACAAAUGUCAGGUUAGUAAUAGGUCCCAAAAGAGACAGAACUCGAAGAGGAGGGCUAGAAUUGGCACAUACAAGAGUAGAUGAAGUAUAUGUCAGAAGCAUUUAACAAAAUCACCUUCUGUCAAGAACUCAGAUUGCCAUCACUGGUACCAUAAUGAAUGUCUUCAGGAAUAUAUCAAGGGCAAGAUAGAGCAAUACAGUUUCCCAUUUAGGUGUCCGAUCAGAGCAUGCACAAGGAAACUUGGUAGGACAAAUGUAGGGAAGGUAAUCCAGAACCCAACAGAUCUGGAAAAAUUUGAUAUCCUAAAUUUGCUGAACAGAGUUGAAAAGGGAAAGAAAGUUUUUUUAUGGUGCAAGAUUUGCGACUAUUUAUUUACACUCCCGAGGUAUGACGUCUAUAAGUGUUUGAAAUGCUAUCAGAUGUCACUAAAAGUAAAAUCAAUGCUUGAAGAUACAGUUAAGAAAUUCAAAAAACCAAAUCUAAAAGAAGACCCACUUUUUACUAAAAUGUAUAACAAGUGCAAGCAAGAAAUGCAGAGAUGUUUCAAAUGUUACUAUUGGAUCCAAGAUAUUCCAGGUUGUGAGAAUUUCAAAUGAAGGUGUAAAGAUGAAGAUAAGACUGAUUCCAAAGAGCCUUCAACUAGAGAUUCAUAACUAUUCUCUUGCCAAAUAUCCAAGAGGGAUAAAACCCUAAGAGGAUAGUUUAAUUUUCCAUGAAUAUAUCUUUCAACAUUUU